AUGAAGGAGGUCACACGCAAGAUGAUGACCGACGUGGCCGUCUUUGCCAUGAGUCAGGUCGCCUUCUACUACGCAUUCAAAUACGUCAUGUCGUCGCUUGACCCAAAUCGACAAAAGAGACAAGAUUCAAAGAAAGUAGCCGACGCCAAGCUGGGCAAGCUCGGGUUACGCGGCAAGGAUCUUCAAUUGAACGAAUACGAGGAGCAAAUCUCCGCCGAGCUCAUCCUGCCCGAGGACAUCCCCGUCGACUUUGCAUCCAUCGGAGGUCUCGACGGCAUCAUCUCGUCAUUGCAAGAGAGUGUCAUCGCGCCACUGUGCUAUCCAGAGCUCUUUGCCAACGCCAGCGGUCUGCUUGGAGCACCCAAGGGCGUCUUGCUUUACGGUCCUCCAGGCACAGGAAAGACCAUGCUGGCCAAAGCAUUGGCCAAGGAGAGCGGCGCUACCUUCAUCAACAUGCAUGUGUCGACGCUCACCAACAAGUGGUUCGGCGAGUCCAACAAGCUCGUAGCUGGCCUCUUCAGCUUGGCACGCAAGCUCCAGCCAUCCAUCAUCUUCAUCGACGAGAUCGACAGCUUCCUUCGCGAACGUGCUUCGGGCGAUCACGAAGUCACCGGCAUGAUGAAGGCCGAGUUCAUGACCAUGUGGGAUGGUUUGACGUCCUCAACGGACCGCAUCAUGGUGCUCGGCGCGACCAACCGACCCAACGACAUCGACUCGGCCAUUCUGCGUCGUUUGCCGAAAAGGUACGCUGUUUCUCUGCCCAACGCUGCGCAGCGAGAAAAGAUCCUGUCCAUCAUGCUCGAAGCUACCAACCUCGACCCCAACUUCAAGAUGGUGGACCUAGUCAGACGCACCGAAGGCUACAGCGGUAGCGACUUGAAGGAGCUAUGCAGGAAUGCAGCCAUGAGGCCCGUCCGCGAGUUCCUUCGCAGCAAACAAGGACGAGAAUCCGUGGCCGAGAGGAGACGUCUCGCAGCUGCUGGAGUAGCAUUGAACGGAAAGUCAAGCUCUGAUGCAACACCGAAUGGUUCUCUGACACCAGCGGAGGGCGACGCCGCCGUCGUCACACCAGCGGCCAAGAUCGAGUCGAGACCCUUGCGGAACUCGGACUUCUUUGUUGUUGAUUCGGCAGCAACAGCCGUCAACGGAUCAAGAUCAGCGCCCAUGACCGUCGAUGAAGAGCCCCUCGACUGA